AUGGAUCCCUACGACAGCGAUUCCAGUACCGACGAGGACUUCGCCGAGACCAACGUCCUCCUCGGCUACGCCGCUGAUGAGGUCAUUGAGGACACAAUCAGCCACCUGGGCGGCUGGCCGAAAUGGCUCGAUGAAUCUACUCCCCCACCUGGCGAAUUCGCCAACUGCCAAGUCUGCAAUAGCCCAAUGCUCCUUCUCCUCGAACUGCACGGCGAUCUCCCCGAGCACUUCUCCAACAACGAACGCCGCCUCUACAUCUUCGGCUGCCCCAGAAAACCAUGCAAUCGCAAACCAGGAAGCAUUCGCGCAUACCGCGCAACCCGCAAGGUCCAUUUGGAGAACCCUCAACCCAGUAAGCAACAAGAGAAGCCAGCAGAGAAGAAACCCGUCCCGGAACCCGCACCCGCACCUGCACCUGCACCCCCGAAGCCGAAGCAGGACCUCGGCGCCAGCCUGUUCGGAGCUACGUCUCUGACAGGCAGUGUCUCUGCGAAUGCAAACCCCUUCUCCUCCAAGCCGGGAGGGAGCCUGAGCGGCGCCAAUCCAUUUGCGACGCCCCAAUCUACAACCCCCGCCCCCGCACCCAAACCUGCCCUCUCCCAAAGCGAGACGAAUGCGCUGGCCGAAUCAUUCGCUGACAAGGUCCGUCUCUCGACUCCAGGUGUCGAGAACAGCAUCGUCCCCUCCGCCAUCACAAAACAAACGCCCGAGUCCGCAAGCACUCCGAAACUGUGGCCCGCGCAGUCCGAAUUUCCGGCACCGUAUCAGAACUUCUUCCUUGAUGCGGAGUACGAGACCAUGUCGCGCGCGUCCACGCCUACGAUCCCGGAUAAUGUGCAGAUGGAACCGAUGGAUGAGGAUGGUGGUGCUGGAUCCGCCGAUCUGAAGGAUACAUUCGAGUCGGAACUCGAUAAGGCUUUCAUGAAAUUCUCUACCCGCCUCGCGCAUAAUCCGGAACAGGUUCUCCGCUAUGAGUACCGUGGUGCACCACUGCUGUAUUCUUAUGCUGAUCAGGUUGGUAAGCGGUUGCAUCCUGAAGGGACUGCUGCCAAGGUGACCACCACUGGCAGGGGAAGUAUUCCGCGCUGCGAGUACUGUGGGAGUGAGCGAGUGUUUGAGUGCCAGCUUACGCCCCAUGCUAUCAGCGUGCUUGAGGACGGCCGUGAGGGCGUUGGUCUGGGAAAGGAUGACUCUGGUAUGGAGUGGGGGACCAUAAUCCUGGGUGUUUGUGCGAAGGAUUGUGCCCCGGAGACCAUGAAUGUUACCGGAUGGCGAGAGGAGUGGGCUGGUGUGCAGUGGGAGGAGAUGAAAUAG